AUGGAUGUUGACUCUCCUAACCCCAAUCCUCUCAAGCGACUCUCGGGCCGAUUCCCGUCUGUGCCACUUACGACGAAGGCGCAAGAUCCUCGGCUUGCCGGAACUGUUAAGCAAUCGGUUGAUCCUCAAUCGUCAAACACCCAACAGUCACACCAAAUCCCCGCAAAACCUGCAUUCAUCACGAGACCUUCCACCAACUCGCUCCCACAAGUGCCCCAACUCUCGAUCCCUCAUAGCGCUCCAGGCCCUGGGUCCACAGAAAGCCAAAGUGCGCCUAGUCACCAAGGCGCAUUUCUUAUCUCAGAUUUGGUCAAUUCAUUGAUCAAAGUGAGUAAGGGUGAGGAAGAGAAAGAGAGGCUUCAAAAGGAAAUAACUGCUCUCACCAAAAACCUACAAAGAGCGAAGCAAUCGCAAGGAUACGCAAGCGUCAUCGCUCUCUUUCAGCAGCAGCUGGACGCGGCUAAAGAUGAACUGGCCAACCAUGUGAAAUCGAUCAGGCAGCAUCGAUCACUCUCCAACCAGGCGCAGGAUAAUUUCAACUGGACAUUGUCGCAGUUGAAGCCUCAGCCACAGCCUCAGCUCGAAAAGACACUUGAGAGGGUUGCGAGCCUGGAGUCCACUAUCAUUGAAAUGAGGCAAAGCCGUGAUCCAACCCCUGGCGACAAUCCAAUCAACGGGAAUGCUGCAAAAGAAACAGUCCAAAAGGACUUGCAAGGCCGAGACCAAGAUAUCGCCAAACUUAAAGAAUCACUAGACAGAGUACAGCAUACAAUCGAGAACCCUAGUGGACUGGAGGAGGCACUGGGCUACAUGAAGAAAAUUGCGAACUCAGUCGCUUAUCAAUCCAAAAAGAGUGGUCAAUUCACAAAACAGAUUUCCCAACUUGAGGAUGAAGUGAAAGAUGUCGACAAGAAACUUAAUGACAAGGUUUCUGCUAUCAAGAAGAUGGUGGACACUGCUGAGGAAGAAAUGAAAAAUUUCAACGACAAGCUAGAAACCAACAUCUCAGACCUUGGUUGCAAAUUGAAAACUACGAAUGAACAGGUUGCGGUCAAACUUUCUUCCCUUGAAAGCGAUCUCACGUCCCUCAAUACUAAGCGACCUGAUCUGAAUAAUCGCGCGUCAACUCAAGUUUCGCAAAUUGAAACUGACUUGGAGGCUCAAAGGAAGCAGACCACGGAGCAGAUUACUGCCCAAGAAAAUCUUGUUGCCUCACUCAGAACUCAGCACCAAAAUGUUGAUAACGGCGGUCGGCUCUCAUCAGAAGUAACUCCAAUUCCUAAUGGCGGGGUGGUUUCAAGACUAACGUUUCUGGAAAAGAAAGUCCAGAGUCAUGCAGACCUUCUUAACAUUAUUAAGACACUCCACCAGGAGGUAGAUCUACUCCGUCUGUCCGAGUUGGAAUCUCUCCGCAAGAACCAAGAAUUGAGCCAAACGAAACUAGAAACGAGGUACAAUGACAUUUCGCACAAGGUGGAUGGCCUAGUUACAAAAUCCGAGGAAACGACCAAGAGCCAAAUGAAACUCGCCUCCUCGCUUCAGGAGUUUCGGUCGUCCUUGCCAGCGACCUUGGACCUGUUCCGAACCCAUCUUCAAAGUGGGCUAGAUGGAGUCGAAAAUCGCUUCGCUCUAGUCUCCGAACUGAGCCAGGCUUUGAAAAAGUGCGUGGAGAACGUGGAUACUCACGCUACGGGAAUCCGUUCGCUAGAAAGUCGAUACAACAACCUCAUGACAGGCGAUUUGGUCGAUCGCAUGGCAUGUGCCAUGCAGAAAAUGUACCCCUCUGUCGAUCAGCUCAGUCGACAAUUGACGACCCACCGAACUGAAAUUGAAGCCAGAAUAUCUGCGCUCAAGAGAGAGGCAGACGCGUUCAAGGCGGACACAGAGCUGUUCAAGGCAGAUACAGCAAAGGCCCAGGCAGACGCACAAAACGCCCAGACCAGCACAGAGAGAUCUCAAGCAGCACAGCUGCCACCGGAGCAGCUCCAGACUUUGACUGAGUUGCCGACCUUGCUCCAACAAGUCAAGGACCUUUCUGACAAGCUUGUACCUAUAGAAAGCCUCAUCCACGAGCAUAGUGCCGAGUUGCAGAAAAACCUUGAACUGCGUAGCGAAUUACAUAACAGGAUCACAGCCCAAGAGGACACCAUCGCAGGCAUUGCGCAAAAGGCCGAUGACCAGGACGAAGAACUCCAAAUUGUUAGCGAGGCCAAGGGACGGAUCGAUCCGUUGAUCGAAGAGGUCAAAACUCAGACCUCGCAAGUUGAACAACUUCGACAUAUGAUCGACGAGUUAGCUACAGCCGCGGCUGAGAGCAAUUCUAUCGCAUCGACAGAUCUUAACGACCUCCGGAGACGGCUGGACGGCUUGGAAGAUCGGAAAAAAACGGAUGAUGAGUCUCUUGACACACUCCGGAAAACACUGAAAGACUUCCAAGACCAAAACAAAGCGGAUGUUGCAGGUCUUGACUCACUCUGGAAAGAGAUUGAGGCUUUGAAAAAUCGGAACACAGCUGAUGAUGCCGGCCCUGACGCACUUCGUAAACAGCUUCAAGACUUGAAAGCUCAGAACCAAUCUGAAGAUAACGAUCUUGUCCAACUCCGGGAUAAGCUGGAAGCUCUUCAAAAACAGAAACCGCCGGUAUCACUGAAGGAUUUCAAUGAGCUGAAGGAUGAAGUGAAGAUGUACAUCAAACGUCUAAGGACAGCCGAAGACACUUUCAAGGCGCUUGGAAAAGCAGCAAAGAAUUCCGGUGCUAAAAAAGACAUCGAUUCCGAUGAUGAAGAAGCAACCGAUUCCGAUACUCUCGAUAAGCCAAUGGAGCAGCGCAUCGAUGGACAUGGCCGUGCUCUUACCCCAAGGGCUCCCGCAACAGCAAAGUCAUUUCCCAAGGGCCCUUCUCUAGGUGUAUAUCAGCCAGUCCCUCCUAGCGGGAAAGGUCCCGAUACUUCCUUAUUCAGCGCCUCAAAGCUGAAACGUCCUGCGACGCAAGCUCGACCGUUCGUGCAAACGCCCAGUGGCCCUAGCAGCAGUCAUCAAUCGCCCUAUGCUGGCAAAUCUGCCGAACCCCGCCAGGUUCAGAAUCUGAAAGGAAAGCGGCGUAUGUCCUCUGUAACAGACUCUGAUGACGAGAGAAACAUGACUGAAUCCUCUUCGGUAGUCGAGUCUUCGCCAGUUUCUAGCUCUUCUGGCCCUGCGUACUUUAAUCAGGGCACUAGCAGAAAGGAAAAGAAGAAGGCAAAGAAGAGAGCGGAGCAGGCUGAAGAGAAUUCCAAUGCCUCAAGCAGGCCAAACAAGAAGCGAAAGCGAACCAAGCAAGAUGAGUGA